CCCAAAUCACUUCACUCUCUCUACUCUCUCUCUCCUCUUCUUGGAAAAGAAAACUCCUUCUGCACUCCAACCCUACCUUCCUCUGUCAUUUUCAUUUUUAACUUCUUAUUAAUCUCAAUACUCACUGUUUUUUCUUUAUCUUACUAAUGCACUGUUCAUCAACUUUAACUUACCACUGCUAGCUACAUACCAUAAUAACUUGGAUCAUAUAUGCUCUAAUUAGAAAGCCUCAUGUAGGAUAUCGGUACUUGAACUCUGCUUUGUCCUAAAAAACUUGCUUCGCUCUAACAUACGCCAUAUCCAGACCUCACUUAAGUUGAGCGAGUGAUGGAAGCUGUUUACAGGUUGAAACCCCUUUUGCCUUGUGUUGAGGAUGUGGUUAGAGUUGCUACUACUUCUGAUAUGCGUCUAGGAACAACAACACCUAAUUGCUACCUGCAGCUAGAAGCACCUGAACCCGACGUAACCGAGUCAGAUAUGACGGAUCGGAUGGUCAAGAUCCAGAUCGCCAAUCACCCUCUUUAUCCAGAUUUACUCUCUGCAUAUAUAGAAUGCCGAAAGGUCGGAGCGCCGCCGGAACUGGCGUGUCUUCUUGAAGAAAUAGGCCGAGAAAGCCACCGCAUGAAUGCCCGCCGAGAGAAAGGGGACGGUCCUGAACUUGACCAGUUCAUGGAAAUGUACUGCGAAGUGCUUCAUAGAUACAAGGAGGAGUUGUCCAGGCCCUUCAAUGAAGCUACUUUGUUCUUGGGAAACAUGGAAUCACAACUAAGCAACCUUUGUAAUAAUGGAACACUGAUGAAGUCAACCGAUAACAACCGCUCCGUAGGUGGCGGGGCAUCAGAGGAAGAAUUAAGUUGUGGAGAGAUGGAAGAAGUUGAAGAUCAUAUAUCUUCUUUAAGUUGCCCAGGUGAUCAAAAUCUGAAAGAGAUGCUCCUUCGCAAAUACAGUGGCCAUUUUAGCGGUUUGAGAAAGGAGUUUCUGAAACGAAGAAAAAAGGGUAAGCUACCAAAGGAUGCAAAGAUGGCACUCAUGGACUGGUGGAACACCCAUCAUCGAUGGCCAUAUCCUACGGAGGAGGAGAAAGUGAAGUUAUCAGAAGUGACUGGACUGGAUCAAAAGCAGAUAAAUAAUUGGUUCAUCAAUCAGAGAAAACGGCAUUGGAAACCAACUGAGGACAUGCGAUUCGCCGUCAUGGAUGGGUUAAGUGGCGGUGCUGGAGGAGCCAUGUUCUUUUAGUUCUGCAAUUUGCAUGUGUUCUUCAACCAUCCCACUUCACAAUGUGCUAAAUUUUGGACUUUGAACUUCUGUUUAUCGAGUAUACGUUUACAUAAUGUCAGUGUAAUGCGUCAUUGUUGUCCAGCAUUCUGGAGUUGUUCUUUUUUUUAUGGCAAUGUGGUGCUGAAGAAAAUAUGACUAUUAAUUCUUAUGUAUGUAUGAAUGACGAUAAAUAUUAUACUACAGAAAUGCUAUUCUUCAUUGAAGUUGGUAGGUCUAA